AAAAAAUACUGUGCUACAUUAGAACUAAUUUCAUUUGUUUUUUGAGAUUUGUCUUAUUUCAUCCUUUCCUUUUCUCCCUUCACAAAAUGAAAGUGAGCUUUCUCUGCCUCUUAUCAUUGUAAAAUAUCUUCAGGAGUUCCCAAUUCUACCUUGUACUGGAUGCAGCUAAUGCCAGUUCUGUGGAAAUGGAGCUGCAGUAUGCCCCUGGCAAAAGUGUAUUGAUGGAGGGUGGAGAGUCAUGUCGUGUACCUGUGCCUGUUCCUCGCUGUCCUCUAGCUAAAUUAGCAAAG